UACUGGUUUAUAAGACACUGUAAGACCCUAUCAGAUUAAAUUAAUAAGGUGUUAUUAAUAAGGUUAAUAAUGAUCCUUUGCAGCUACUGGAUCUAAAGUGGGAACAGUGUCAUAUAAAGGUUAAUAAAUUAUUAAUAUGCUCUCAGGGCUCGAAACUAACGGUGUCCCGACGUCCCGGGGACUAUAAAAAUUGCUACUGGGACACAAAGAUGAUGUGUCUGGGACAAUUCCGGGACAGCAAAAAAAAAAAAAAAGUCAAAGCAAUAUCAAAAUGGGUGUUAUUUACAACGUCAUUACGUAUGGGUAUCUGAACGUCGCUUUUGUCGCUUGAAUAAUUUCAGUAAAAACUUAUGAACAACAAAAACACAGUGGCUUUUGCUGCACCUGAUCUGGCUCCACACGCGUGUGCAUGCACACACACAGAACUCAACUCGCUGCAUGGAUGCAUAGGUGCCACUCGCCGCCUAUGCUCGCCACUCCACAUCAGAGCACAGAACCUAGCAAUGCUGAGAUGGUUGAAAAAGCUGAUGCAAGCUCCUCCAGUGCUGCUCCAGUUGGAGCAGGAUGCGACACUUGCCUUCAGGACUCUGAAGACGAUGUUUCAUCUGUUUCUGCCCCUGUGAGGGAUGGGCUGACAUUGCAGAUGGUGUCAGAUGGACUGCAGAAGACGACCCUGGCUCUUGUAGCCAUGCAGACAGUCCCAGGUCAGCAUCUGAAGCAGUUCCUGGAUGAAGUGGGACCUUUUCCCGGAAACACCUUCUCUGGUGUAAAACUCAACAGGAAACAAGUGGAUGAUGAUGACUUCCACAAAGUGAAAGAUAAACUAAUCAAUGGCUUCUGUGACAACCUCACCACGCGGUUUGGCAACCUUGAUGAGGGUGUCUUGAAGGCCGCUGCCACCAUGUUUGACCUAAGCAACUGGCCUGAAGACAUCACUGACCUGGCCACCUUUGGUCUGGACGAUGUUGAGACUUUUGUCACUCACUUUCAUAAAACUGAUGGGUUACAGGGAGCUUUGUGGAACACUGUACUCACGAACAGUCAAUCUAAGUAACAAAUCUUUUGAAAAAACCAAAUUAACUCAGAUCUGUCAUUUUUUUAGAACUCAACUAUUAGGGUUUCCAAUCCUUUUUUCCUGUUUUUGACAAUAGUGGUUGCAUUAAAAAAUCAAUAUGAAAAGGAAAUAUGUCCUUAUGUUGUGUUUUUACCACAAUUGGUAGGCUGAAUUCUCAUCAUGAGUGAAUAAAACAGCUAACUCUGAAUCAAUCUGCUCAAAUUUUUAAGUUCAAAUAACUCAUGUCUGUCUUAGUAUGCCAUUUUGAGGAAAUGAGAUUCCCAUGAUCCUUUGCUAAAAAAAUAAUAACAACAUACUAGAGUGAAAAGAACGCAUCGGAAUUCUUUAAUGUUGAAAUAAUGAUUGAUAUCUGGAUGUUGCAAUAGGUGCAUAAUUAAUAGAAUUAUUAACUUCAGUGAGUGCAUAAUAGUUUAUGAAUGUCAACAAGACACUGUUCCCACUUUAGAUCCAGUAGCUGCAAAGAUGCAUUAUGAGCUGUUAAUAAGUGCAUAUUAAGAAUUUAUUAACGUUUAUACGACACUGUUCCCACUUUAGAUACAGUAGCUGCAAAGAUGCAUUAUGAGCUGUUAAUAAGUGCAUAUUAAUAAUCUUUAUACUACACUGUUCCCACUUUAGAUCCAGUAGCUGCAAAGGAUCAUUAUUUACUAUUAAUAAGUGCAUAAUUAAGCAUUUAUUAACUGUAAUAUGGUAUUUAUAUUAACUUCUUAUAGUCUCAUUAAUGUUAAUAAACACCUUAUUAAUUUCAUAUUAUAGGGUCUUAUAUUGUCUUAUAAAUCAGUAAUAAAUGUGGUGGUUAUUAUAUAAUUAACCCUUAUAAAUUAUAAUUAAUGUAAAUAGACAUCUUAUUAAUAUUUAGUAUAGGUUUAUAAACUUACCAAAGUUUAUACGUGCUUAUAAUGCUCCUAUAAGCAAUUAUAACUCAGUCAGUUAUGCUGUAAUAAACACUGUCUUAUUAAUGUUUAUAAGCAUCUUAUAUCGUCUUAUAAGUGCUCAUUAACUGUUGAUUUGUGCUUAUUAAGCAUUAAUUAGCGCUUAUUACAGUACCUUAAUAUAAAAUGUUACCCGAAUUGUCAAUUAUAAUUAAUUAACAAUUUCCAUAAUGAUGUAUGAAUAUGCAAAUGAAAGACAACAGAUCUAACUCUGAAACGGCACUUUACUAUUGAGUCAACAAGAACUUACAAACAAUGCCAAAUCUGCUGUUUACAAUGGUUGACUACAACCUUGUGACCAGCAACCAAAGCGUUUUUCCCCCUAGAUGUGCGCGCAGCUAGUAAUGUUUGUAAACAAGAAAGCCGUCUAUUGUGGCAGCACCCGUUCUGACAUUGAAGCAAUCAAUAGUCACCUCAGUUUUAAUGGGCAUCUUAUUUCCAUCUUCUCCUCAUAAGGGUGACGGCACCUUUUCUGAUAUUGUAACACGUAAUAGUCAAUAGAACAUUCCAAAUGAAUACUAAGGUGUGGAAGUCAGCAUAUUAGCAGUUGCGGUUCCCUUGUCUUGAAGUUGAUGGGCUUUUUGAAUGGGCUUUUGGUUAGAUGCCUGAAUUAAGGUCUGUUAAUACAAGCUAAAGACACUUUAACAUUUUGUUCUAUGACAUGAAAUACAUCUGUAAAUACCCCACUGUGACAAGAGUAUGUGAAUAAAGCAAUAGUUAAGAAGCACACCUCACUGUACAGGCCUCACUAAACAUCCCUUACUGCUGUCUGUCAUUGCAUGUUGUUACUGUGUGUUACUGUAUAUGAUGUUGUUUAUGUUGUUACUGGGGGCUGUAUCAUAUGCUGUUAUCUGAUAGUGUACAGUGCUGGGAAAAGCAGGCACAAGAAAGUCUUAUGUCAAAGUAUGUAAAGUAA